CCGCCGCCGCCGCCGCCGCCGCGUCCGGAGCUGCGCCCAGGCCGACCCGCGGCGAGCGCCCAGGGCGCCGGCAGCCCCGGCCCGCCCUCCCCGCCCCCAACUACUCGCUCCCCAACGGAAAGUUCGGCUCCGGCGGCUUCUCGCCCGGCAGCGGGGAUGAGCCGGGGUCGGGGGGCGCGCUGAGCGGCGGCCAGGAGGGGGCAACUUCUCCCGGGAGAGCGCCUCCCGCCGGGCCCCGCCGGCCGCAGCCCCCGGCGGGCUCGAGUGGUUUUUCCCUUGCCUGUGCCUCCCCCCUGCGGAUCCAAGAGACGGACCUAGGUCCCCGCGCUCCCGCUGCCGGGUGACAAGAGCCAGCGCCGCCGCCGCCGCCGCCUCGGCCGCCGCUCCCUCCGUCCCUCCGCCCGGCCGGCUGGCCGCUCCCGGCCGCAGCCCUUGCCCUGCCCGCCCGCCUGCCCGCCGCACCAUGGAGUUCUCGGAGAGGAAGCGGAGCAGGAAAUCCCAGAGCUUCAAACUGGUGAGCCGAGAUUAUCACCAUGAGGUCUGUAAGAUCUCAGAAUUCAGCACCGAUGUUAAUGGGAAGGCCAAAGAGACACAACCCAUUUUUUUAGGAGACGAAAGCAUGGAAAUUAAAAAACAAAUUACAGGAAUGAGAAGAUUACUGAAUGACAGCGCUGGGAGGAUCUACCAGCGUGUGGGCAAGGAGGGGGAGAAGUUGAAAGAAGAACCCCAGGAUCUGGAUUCGAUGUGGCCUCCGCGUUUGAACCCUGUGGAGGCCCUACCGAGCCUGCACCCGUCUUCCCGGGGUGCGUGGAACGAGCUACCAGCCCAGAGCGGGCGGUUCUCAGGGCAGUAUGGUACCCGCUCCAGAACCUUCCAGAGCCAGUCCCACGCCGCCGGGAGCUCCAAUGGAGAACUUCCAGUGGUGAAUUCGUCAGUUGGAUCAAACUGCUGUACUUGUAACUGCCAGUCGACGUUGCAGGCCAUUCUCCAGGAGCUCAAGGCCAUGCGGAAACUGAUGCAGAUUCAGGCAGUUGGAACCCAGAACAGACAACAACCCCCAAUUUCCCUUAUCUGCUCCCAGCGAACUGCCGUCUCACGCAAGAGAAAUAAAAAGAAAAAAGUGCCCCUGAAGACUGUGGAACCUCUCACUGUGAAACAGAAGCCCAGUGCGUUAGAAGCCGAGAAGAAGGCGGUGGCGGCCCCCGAGAAUCCCAGUCUCCCCUCGGCCGAGCACACCUCCCCCAGGGAGAACCACAUCCUAGGAUUUGGCAUCGUACUCGAAUCACCAGCCUCUGAUCCAGAAGUGCAACUUGCUGAAGGCUUCGAUGUGUUUAUGCCUAAAUCUCAGCUGGACUCUAUACUGUCAAACUACACUCGCUCAGGAAGCCUUCUGUUUAGAAAACUGGUGUGUGCAUUUUUUGAUGACAAGACUUUGGCUAACUCCUUACCCAAUGGGAAGAGGAAAAGAGGACUCAAUGACAACCGGAAAGGACUAGACCAAAAUAUUGUGGGUGCAAUAAAAGUCUUCACAGAAAAAUACUGCACUGCUAAUCACGUGGAUAAACUUCCUGGCCCAAGAGACUGGGUUCAGAUUCUACAGGAUCAAAUCAAACUGGCCCGAAGAAGGUUAAAAAGAGGCUCAGCAGAGGCAGCUGACGGUGAUGAACGGCUGGACUGCGUUUCUCUACCCCCAACAGGUCACAUAUUUGACACCAGGAGAGAAAACACGGAAGACACAGAGACAGCUUUCACUGCCUAGACUUCCCUUUAGCGACACUUCUUAGCGCACGCAUCUCCUCCAUUGGAAUUUCCUCAAAGAUCCACUAGCAUUUCAGGUUACUGCAAAGUGUGGGCGUUCUGUGAAGCUGACCCGUCACGUUUGAAUAGUUUUCAUAUUCUUUCUUUGUAAUGUGUGAUAAUCAAGCCCCCAAUUUGGUCUAAGAUUUUUAAAAAUCAUCUUCAGAGUUGAAUUCUCAGCCUUUAAAUGUCCAGCAUAUCACUGGGUUGGUUCAAUGUCCAUGAAAAAGAAGCAGUUUUAUUUUCCCUGCUUUUUUUUUUUUUUUUUUCUUUCUGUUUCAGUGUGAAUAUGGUAUAGAGUUUUGAAGCGUAUUUAUUUUAAUGUAAAUUGCUUAGUUGCAGUAUAGAGGAGAAUGGCUCUUUCCGGACCAAGGAAGCAGUGUUGAAGGCCAAACUUAAUUAGAAUCUUCAACAGCUUAGAAGAUGGAAAAGUUGUUUUGGGAGACAGGACAGCUCUGAUCUAUUAGAUGAAAUCAUUUGUGGCAUCAUCUUCUCCCCAGAAUAAUCAUUUGUCACUGAUAAGUGCAAACGAUACGUAAAUUCUUAGGAAAGAAAAAUCUUUCGCGUAGGCUGUGUCAACACAGUGACAAAAUAACUAAUUAAAAGGUGAGAAGCUCAAAGUAACCAGCUAUCCACAUGACACCUGACAACUAUUUUAACAGAUGGUUUUAGCUGAGUGGUCCAGGGUUGUGGCAUCAUGUGGCAACUGGCCACAAAUGUACUUGAUCUUAUAUACUUCACGUGGCUCUGGUACACGUGCCCCCCGCUUUAUAUGAAACCAACGAGUGAAAAUGUGGAUUCAUUUUAAAGAAAUAUUUUGGGCAUGUGGGUAUUUGUUUCACAGAGAUAUUUGCCUCCAGAUUCCUUUCUCUAGUAAGGUGGUGAAUUCAAAAUGC